AUUGCCUAUGCGAAGAUCGGUAAAACGUCUAAUGAUGGCGUCUUAUUUUAUUUUUCUCUUCUCAUAGGCGACGACUCAGUAAAAGCUCGAACCAUAUCGCUAGAUGCGGCUGUGCUUUCGUUGGAUGGUACCAGAUGUGUUGAGGGCAAGAUGUCAACCGAUCUUCCCUUCUUCAUGCCCUGGGAUUGCCCAAAACGGGCACGAAGAGAUGAGUCUGAGAAUUCCUCUCAACGAUUGUUUUUAAAUGACGAAAUCACUGAGGCGGAAGGUGAAUACGCCGAAGACGAAAACGCGAUAAUUCUCGGUGUUCAGGUCUCUCCAAUUUGCUGUAUCGGUCGUCUCCGGAUGGUUCGGGCACGAAGUCUUGGUGAAGCUCUUGCCGAUCAUUUGCAUGCAGCAGGUGCGGGUGAAAUCCUUGCAGAAAUUAGAGCAACUGGAACAUCGAAAUCAGAUCCAGUUGAGCCUAAACAGACGCAGGAAUCAGCUUCCACCACCAACGAAAUGACGGGCAAACCGAAGCACAAGCGUAAGGCCUUCUAUCGACGUUGCGCUGCUGGUGAACAGAGAGCUAAGCAGCGUCGACUUGAAGCAGCAGGAGAGGCGGAAGGGAAGAUGCCUAUUCGACGCCUAGAACCAGGAAUGACGGGGUUUCUCUUCACAUCAAACAAUAAGGACAUUCAUCAAGCGAAGAUCGAAGUUUAUAGACUCCUAAAUGAAGCCAAUACUCGCAUUAAUGGACCAAAGAAGGAGGAGGAGACGGAGGAAAAGGUAUCAGAAGAGCAGAAAUCUAAUGAAGAUGAUGAUUACGUAGAUUUUGCUUCCGCUUUGAAAGAGGAGUUGAAAUCGGACUCCAAAUCUGGUCGAUACAUCUUUAACGGAGUUAAAACUGGUGUGUCAAAUUGCGGUUUUGUCCUGAAUCAGUCAGAGCAUAAUUCCUCAGCUGAUCUUAUAAACGACAUCUUUCAACACACCAUGGAGAAUGGAGAAGCAGAUACGAGGCGCGUUUUGCGUAUACUGCCCAUUGUUGGUACUUGCAGACCUGAUGUUGAUGAUCUCAGUGCUCUCUUACGAAGGUCCUUUAAAGCCUAUUGGGAUAGUAGUGUUGAAGGCUCCGAGGAUUUAGGACCUCUCUGUUUAAUCUGCCCUAAAGUCCCCCUCCAAAGGGCCAGGUUUAUUGAAAAACCUAAUUCUGCGGAUGCAAAAUUGUACUUUACAGUGAAUUUUAAGGCCAGAAACUACGACAAAAUGAAGAAGGAAGAGGCUGUGAUGGCAGUAAUAACUACCUUGCAAGAAAUUGCACCAGAAUGGUCACCGAUCACCCUUGGUGCUGAUUUGAUCAUAAGCGUGGAUGUCGUUUGCAAUGUUCUCUGCUUAAGUUUCCUGGAAAAGUACAAUGAAUUUGCAAAGUAUAAUAUCCAGCAAGCUGCGGAAAUGUCGGGUGUAAGUAGUAAGGCAUAA